UUCCAGGGCAGUGUGACAGAGUACGAGUGCUCACUGGAGGAGUUCUGGCAGCUGCAGGUGGAGUUCUGGUCCAAGUUCUAUGCUUGUUGCCUUCAGUACCAAGAAGCUCUCUCGAGGCCCUUGGUCCUACAGGGCAUGGUGUGCCUGCUCAAGAAGGGCUCCCUGUCUUUCCUCGUGCCCUGCUCCUUGGUGGACCAUCUCUAUCUCCUCUCUAAUGAGCACCUCCUGACUGAGGACGAUGCUGCCAUCUUUGAUGAUUUGGAGAUGUCUCGUGAUGUUGUCUGUCUUGUCCAGUGCCUUCGCCUGAUCGGAGAAUCAAUUUCCAUGGAAAUGGCUUUCCUCAUGGAAAUGGCUUGCUCCCGCCUCCAGCCUCCAGAAAAGGCUGCAGAGCAGAUCCUGGAGGACUUGAUAGCUAAUGACACGGAGAAUGUGAUGGAAGAUAUCCACAGCAAACUGCAGGAGAUCAGAAACCCCAUCCAUGCCAUCGGAGUGCUCAUCCGAGAAAUGGACUACGAGACGGACGCUGACAUGGAAAGAGGUUAUCUUCCAGCUCAUCACCUAAGUAUGCGCCUGAACCUCACCCAGCUCUACGGGAGCGCUACCGCUGGCAGCGUGGUUUGCUGGGGGGUGUGUAAGGUCGCCACCAUCCGCUUCCUGAUCUGUCGGGACCUGUUGGUCCUCCAGCAGCUGCUCCUUCGCCUUGGAGAUCCUAUGGUUUUGGGAGGGGGACAACUGUUCCAGUCCCAGCAGGACCUGCUGCACCGCACCUCUCCCCUGCUGCUCUCCUACUACCUGAUCAGGUGGGCAAGCCAGUGCCUGGCCUCCGACGUCCCUGUGGACACCCUGGAGUCUAAUCUGCAGCAUCUCUCUGUGUUGGAGUUAGCAGACACCACUGCUCUAACAGCCCAUAGACUGGUAUCCAGCCCUCAGACAAUCGUGGAGCUGUUCUUCCAGGAGGUGGCCAGGAAGCACAUCAUAUCUCGACUCUUCUUGCAACCAAACACCAACUUGGCUGAAACAAGCUUGAACUGGCCCCAUCUCAUCACCGCGAUAGUGGCUGACUUCCUGCCGCUCCUGUGGCCCAGCAAUCCCAGCUUCCUGUUCCCAGAGUGCCUGAUGGGGAACUGUCAGUACACCCAGCUCCAGGAAUACAUUCGCCUGCUGCAGCCGUGGUGCCACGUGAACAUGGGCUCCUGCUGCUUCAUGAUGGGCAGGUGCUACCUGGUCAUGGGUGAGGGCCACAAGGCUUUGGACUGCUUCUGCCAGGCUGCAUCAGAGGUGGGGAGAGAAGAGUUCCUGGACAGGCUAAUCCAGCCUGAGGAGGGGGAGGUGGUCUCCACUCCACGCCUGCAGUACUACAACAAGGUCCUGUGCUUGCUGGACAUGGUGGGUUUACCAGAGCUGGUCAUCCAGCUGGCCACCCUGGCCAUCAUGGAAUCAGCAGAUGACUGGAGAAGCCAGGCUACUUUGAGGACUUGCAUCUUCAAACAUCACUUGGAUUUGGGUCACAACAGUGAAGCAUAUGUAGCCUUAACGCAGAACCCAGAUCCAAGCAGGCAGCUGGACUGUCUACGCCAGCUAGUGGUGGUUCUGUGUGAGCGCUCCCAGCUCCAGGACCUGGUGGAAUUCCCCUACGUGAACCUCCACAACGAGGUCGUGGGGAUCAUCGAAUCUCACGCUCGAGCAGUCGACCUGAUGACCCACAACUACUAUGAGCUGCUUUAUGCUUUCCACAUCUACCGCCACAACUACCGCAAGGCCGGAACAGUGAUGUUUGAGUACGGGAUGCGCCUGGGCAGGGAGGUGCGGACGCUCCGGGGGCUCCAGAAACAGGGAAAUUGUUUCCUUGCUGCUGUGAACUGCCUGCGGUUGAUCCGCCCGGAAUACGCCUGGAUAGUGCAGCCAGCGCCUGGAGCUGUGUACGAGCGCCCUGGAGCAUCCCCAAAGAGAAGCCACGAUGGGGAGUGCACGGCUGUGCCAAGUAAUCACCAAAUCGAGAUCCUGGAGCUGGAGGACCUGGAGAGGGAAUGUGUCCUGUCCCGGAUCCGGCUGACGCUGGUGCAGCACGACCUGUCGACAGCCGCUGUGGCAGGCAACUCCACACCUGAGGAAACGGUUGCUCUCCUGGUCCGGGCCGGGCUCUUCGACACAGCCAUCACCCUGUGCCAAACCUUCAAGCUGCCCUUGACACCCAUCUUUGAGGGACUCACCUUCAAGUGCAUCAAGCUGCAGCUGGGAGGGGAAGCAGCACAGGCAGAGGCCUGGGAGUGGUUAGCAGCAAACCAGCUCUCUGCCCUGGUUACCACCAAAGAGUCCAGUGCCACAGAUGAAGCCUGGCGCCUGCUCUCAUCCUAUCUGGAGCGUUACCCAUCCCAGAACAGCCUGUACCAUCGCUGUGUCAUCAACAAGCUCUUGGCACAUGGGAUCCCUCUGCCCAACUGGCUCAUCAACAGCUACAAGGAGGUGGAUGCUGCCCAGCUGCUACGUCUCUACCUGAAUUAUGACCUGCUGGAGGAGGCGGUGGAUUUGGUCCUGGAGUAUGUAGAUGCUGUGCUGGGAAAAGGGCACCGGUACUUUGGGAUCGAGUUCCCGCUGUCCGCCACGGCCCCCAUGGUGUGGCUGGCCUACCCCGCCACCGCCCCACACCCCCAG